AUUUAUUUGUCGCCUCCAGAUCAGAGAGAGAGAGAGGAGAGAGAAGCGAGAUCCGAAUCCGACUCCCUUAGAGAGAGGGAGGACGACGAGAUCCUUGCCUUAAAAAGGCCCUCGAUCGCUGGAAACCCUAGAUCCUCUUCAACUACAACGGCAAAGUUGAAUCAGAUGACUAAUGUGCACUUAUCCGAGCCAGAUCUUCCACCACAUCAGCCAGAUGUUGAAUUCAUCAUAUGUCAUAUUGAUAUCUGAUAAUUAUGCAACUCCAAGCAGCAUAAGCCUUUUUCAGAAAAAAACUCAACUUUCAUAGAAUAUGCAUGCAGCAUGCAUCAAUGCCUCAUCACCUAUCUACAGUAGGCACUUGGGCUUAAGUGAUGAAUUUUCUUCUAUCGCGCUCAACACAUCAUGUAUCUCCAGAUUUGCCAAGUAUUUCCGAACUCCACAACGAUGAGCAUCCCGCGCUUAAACGAACUACUACACUAGAGGGCCUUAUUGCUGAUGAUCCAUUUCAAAGAUCCUCAAGUGAAGAGGGUGAUAGAGACAGUGAUGGGAUUGGUGAUGCAACUGGAGCACCUGUAGACUCGAAUCUAGAAAGCCAAGUUCCCAUGGGUAACCUUUCUGAUGUUGCUGAGGGUGAAGGAUGUAUAACAAUUCCGUGCAGGGUACUUCCUGAUGAUUGGAGUGACGCUUCAGAUAUUCCUCAGUUACGCUCUUUGGACCGUUCUUUUGUUUUUCCUGGUGAACAGAUUCAUUUACUAGUUUGCUUAUCAGCUUCUAAGCAGCAUACUGAGAUUAUAACUCCAUUUAAAGUUGCUGCUGUUAUUUCUAAGAAUAACUACUCUGGAAAGAAUCAAACAAAGACUAUUGGAGAGAAGGCCAACUCUCUCAUCGAUCAAGGUAAUAUGAAUGACACCUAUGAGGAAACUGCAGAUGUUGUUAAAGAAGAAAAUGGUGAAAAUAUUUCGACUGCUGAUAGCCCACUUGACCUGGAGGAUAUAUCUCUAACGGAAUCCCUUCUUCGCAUGGAAGAUCAUAAGCAUCAGACAGAAGCACUGCUAGAAAGUUUUCGAAAUUCAAAUUUUUUUGUUAGAAUUGCACAUCUAGAUGAACCACUUUGGUCUAAAAGAAAUGGAGCAGAUCCAUCUUCAAGUAAUUCUGAUAUGGCUGGGGAAAAUUUUCAUUCAGAGAAUAUAGAUUCCAAAAAGGUUUCAAAGGCUAAUUUGGUCAAUGCAGUUAUUGAUAGGGGAGGUUUUGACGGAAGUUCUUCUGGUGGAAUGGCUAGAAAUGAUAUCAGAUGCUACUCUUUACAUAAUGGUGACAUAGUGGUUCUUUUACAAGUGAAUGUUGCAGUUAGUAAUAUAAAAGAUCCUGUUUUGGAGGUUAUUCAAUUUGAGAAGUAUGAGGCUACGUCUGCUGUUUCAGAGAACCUAAAUGGUUUACAUUCCAAUUCUGAGGAUCCAUGUCGGGACCUUCUUAACUGGUUGCUUCCUUUGGAUCGUACUCUACCUCCUCGUCCAUUAUCCCCUCCAUCAAACUCAUCUUCAGUUUUAGGCGUGACUCAAAGGUCAACAUCUGCCUCUUCUAGUUCUCAGAUUUUUUCUUUUGGCCACUUCAGAAGUAACUCCAUGCCUUCACUCCCCCAAGUUAAUGUGCCUCCUUCCUCGACAAUUCCUGCAUCCUAUUCUAAACCUUCCUUUGAAGUUGAUGAUUAUGAUCGCAUCUCACAGGAGAAGGUGAUUCAUCAAGAUAGAAAAAACAGUGAGCUAUUAUCUUUCCGGGGUGUUCCUUUGGAGCCUGAACGGUUUUCUGUUCACUGUGGUCUGGAAGGGAUAUAUUUGCCUAGAAGGAGGUGGCGCAGAAAAGUUGAAAUAAUCCAACCUAUAGAAAUCCAUUCAUUUGCAGCUGAGUGCUCAAUAGAGGAUCUUCUGUGUGUUCAAGUGAAGAAUGUCACGCCUGCUCAUUUGCCGGAUGUCACAAUAUUUUUGGAUUCGAUAGCUAUUAUUUUUGACGAGGCGUCUAAAGGUGGCCCUCCUCUCUCCUUACCUAUUGCAAGUAUCGAGACAGGAAACGGCCACAGCUUACCAAAUCUAUCCCUCAGGAGAGGUGAGGAGCAUUCUUUCAUUCUAAAGCCUGCAGCUACAGUCGGUAAGGAUCUUAAGGGCCAUGGCGACCGAAAGCCUACACAAUUACAUCAAAAAAUGUCUUACUCUACUUCAAAUGCGCACAUGACACCAAGGGUUAGCGAUCCAAGAAAGGUUUCUCCAAGUGUGGAUCAGUAUGCAGUUUUAGUAUCAUGUCGAUGCAAUUAUACUGAGUCGAAACUAUUUUUCAAGCAGCCAACAAUUUGGAGGCCACGCAUUGCAAGGGAUCUUAUGAUCUCUGUAGUAUCAGAAAUAUCAGGACAAACUGUUGAAUCUAAUGGACGAUUGCCUCAACUUCCAGUCCAGGCGAUGACUCUACAAGCUUCAAAUUUAACAUCUGAAGAUCUAACACUGACCGUUCUUGCUCCAGCUACACCCAACACUUACACUUCGGUUAUGCCUUUAAAUUCUGCUCCCUCAACUCCCCAAAGCACAUUCGUUGGUGUAUCUGAAGGUAUGGGGAGAGUUGGUGGACUGCAUAGGUUGAGUUCAAUGCCAGUAGAAAUGGAGAGUCAAAAAGAGAGCAACACAAGUGGGAAAAGAUCAAUCUCUCUUGCACAACAUACUGGCGCAACGUCUGAUGUAAUGUCUAAUUCCGAUUUGGGCUGCUCUCAUCUUUGGUUGCAGAGUACUGUUCCUCUGGGAUGUGUUCCUGCUGGUUCAAGUGCCAUGGUCAAGCUCGAGUUACUACCCUUGACGGAUGGGAUAAUUACACUCAGUACCCUUGAAGUAGCCAUUAAAGAAAAAGGGGUGACGUAUAGACCUGAGCAGCCUUUGAAAAUUCAUGCAACUUCCAGUGUUUCAACCGGCAUUGUUUAAGGAAAUUUCCUUUUCUUUUUUCGUUCUUUGAUCAUAUACAACCAUACUUCGAGAAGUUGUGUACGCUAUGAUGUAAUGAUGGAGAUAUCAGCUUCUACUAUGCUGUCAUGCUUGGGGUUGGAGGAUAAAAUGAGGAUGGCAUUUCUUUACCUGA